CAUAACAACAAAAGAAAAUAAAAACAAACAAAAGUCUUUUUCACUAUUAUUUAUCUCUUGAGAUGGGGUUCAGUUGCAGCCUUCUUAAUCCACCCCUCCUCUCUCUCUCUCUCUCUCUCUCUCUCUCACACACACACACAUCAUCCUCCAUCCACCCAAUCUCUUCCUCUAUGAGGAUCCGAAAGAGACCACCCUUCUCUUCCUCCCACUCCCUCCCUUCUCUACCUCAUCCCUCAGAUCCACCCUGCCAAGUCCACCCACCAAGUGCGAGGCGUGAAACCAAGGAGAGCAUAGCAGGAGAAGUGUUGGGGGAUCUGCUGAUAGAUCCCCAUGAGUUGGGGGAGAAUCCGAAAAGACGGCCUGCUCCGGGCCCUCCUCUUUCAGAUCCAGUUGCCAACGGCGACAGCCGCAGUCGUAAGCGUGUGCAGGUGCUGAAGGUGAAGGAGGGGCGGUCGGUGGAUUCCAACCAGAGAUGGAAUGCGAAGGCCGAUAGCAGUGACAGCCACAGGGUACGUGGCAGCUCAGGUGCAGUAGCAUUGGGAGCGGCGGCGCAGACGAAAACGAUGGAAGGAAACGAUGGUGGAAAUGGGGAUGGAGGAUUGGAAACGAAGCUGGUGGAGCAGGAGAAGAAGGCCAAGGUGACGGCGCGAGCAAACGCUGGUCCUGCCGCAGCUUAUGAUAAUGAUUGCACCAGUGUUGGGGAUAGAGAUAAGGAGGGAUGCGAUGGUGGGGCAGCAGUGGUGAGAGCUGGGAACGGGUCAAACGUUGAUGGGAGGAGGCGGAGGAGCCCGGCUGUGCCGGUGGAGGGUUCGCGGUGCAGCCGCGUCAACGGCAGGGGGUGGCGCUGCUGCCAGAAGACCCUCGUCGGGUAUUCUCUCUGCGAGCACCAUCUUGGCAAGGGAAGGCUGAGGAGCAUGAGAAGUGUCAGAGGUCAGUUGGGUAUACGUAAGCCCCAGUGGAGCACUGGUGGAGGAAAUAGCGUCGCACCAUCAACUUCAGCGCAAAAGCAACCGGAGGAGGAGGAGCACGCAACACAAAGUCUACACUUGCUUGUUGCUGCCGAUAACGAGGUGGGCAAGAUAGAGGAAGACGAAGAGGAGGAGGAGGAGGAGGAGAAGACGGUAAGGAAGAAGAGGAAGAAGAUAGGCAUGGUGAAGGCCCGAUCUAUCAGCAGUUUGCUUGACGGCACCAACCACCCGGUGCUGUCGCCGUCGUUGCUAUCGCAGGUGCCGGAAGUUGGCAACGAGGCAAAGAGCAGUGUGGGUUGAAGCAAUUGGAAGCUGAGGGUGUUGGAUUUGCUUCAUUCUUUUGCUGUUCCUUUGUUCUGCUUUGAUGGAGAACAGGAACACUGUGCAGUUGUUCUAGGAAAUCAUCAUCUACAUGGGGGGGAGAGAGAGAGAGAGAGAGAGAUUUGAUGGUGCAAGUCUAAAUGGCUUUGUGGCUUCUCCUUUUUGUUCAGAAGACAUGAAACCACUACAAUUCCAUCUCCCCCCUUAGAACAGCUCAUCAUUUCACACUGGUUUUCUAAUACCAAUGCUGCUAAUUAUUAUAUGCAUGAAGACAAGUAUAAUCUGCUAAGAACAUGGCAUAUUAUGACAAAAAUUGGGUGCAAUCUUAUUGGAUAUUCUUUUAGGUGUAUUGGAGUUGUGUGGAGUUCUGAUUAUUCUAUGCAGUAAGAAAACUUACAGGUAGAUUUGAUCUAUCAUGUUAAUUAUGUGGUUGACCAAUGGGGAUGCACCACAUCAGCAUCCUUCAUGGGUCCACGAAGGAUGCUGAUGAUACAUCAUUGAUUGAACACUAUCACAGGAGACUUGGUGGCUGCAAAGGAACAAUUGGGGCCUCUCAAAGUAUCUUUUGUCUUGUGUGUUUGGAUCUGAUAACCUUAGUGACCUCACAUCUCUCUCUCUCUCUCUCUCUCUCUCUCUCUCUCUCUUUGUUCCAUUAUUGAUGAGCUAAAGCAUCUCUCUUACUAGUUGCAAAAAAAUUACUCCUAUCAAAAUUGAUAUGCUAAAGCAAUGAAUCUUCUGAAAGAUCAUAAAGAUAUCUAGUUGGCCUUUAGUAGCAAAGUCUUCUGGCGGCUGCAUUUCAAUUUUCUUCUCUUAGUUUAUAUUUAGAAAGGUUAUUUUGACAUCAUUUUAUGAAUUAGAAGGUUAUAAAUAGAUCUAAAAGAAAUUUAAUGCACAUAGUUUACACAAACCACAGAUGCAAUGUCUCACCAAUCCAUCUAUCCUUUCUGUAAAGCUUUUAGCAACUAACCUAGUCUUAUUUUGUCCUACAGUAUCAUUAGUUCUAAGCUUUUCCUCAUCAAAUCCAAAGAGAAAGACCAGUUAAAAUCCUGGUUUUAUUUAUAAAACACAACCUCUCUCUCAUCUCUCUCUCUAUGAUUUCUUGAAUGGCCUUCCUCCAUAAUUGGACUUUUUCUGGAAAACAGUCUCAACAUAGGUUGAAGGAACACUUCAUAAAUGUAAGACUAAGAAUCUAAAGAUUCAGAAGAUUCACUUUUAAGUCAGAAGUAAAGGCAAAGCUAAAAAAGUUUACUGACCUUCAGUUUAGAAGAAACUAUAUGUAUCCCAGAGAAAAUUAGCCUGUCAGAUUGAAUUCAAAGUGUCAUUAGAAAUGCCAGAAAUCUUGGAAUUAAUUGCUAUGACCUUUAUAUAGGUAUUAUUAUUCAAAGAAGUAACACUAAGCUUCCUCUUCUUGUGUUCAGGAAUUGCUAGAUGAUAUAG